AUGUCGGUGGAGCAGUGGGUUAGUGAUGAACUUCACGCCAUAGUGGGUCUGAGCGAUCAGACAAUAUGUCAGUAUAUUUUGGCACUUGCUCGCAAAAGUGCUAACACUGAGGACUUCAUUGGAAAACUCAGAGACAAUGACGCACUUGAGAUUAACAACGAUAUACGACAAUUCGCUUCACAACUUAUGCAGAAAUUACCGAGACCAGGUAGGAUACGUGGUACGGCUGAAUUACGUGAAAGAGAACUAGCAAGGCUGAGCAACACGCUGAAGGUGCUAGAAGACGUAUCCACUUCUGUGAGAAAAUCUUCACACCGACGGAAACGACGCGAAAGCAGCAGUGAUGAUGAGGUUGAACAACAUUCGAAAGUGAUGGAAAAAAAGCCGGAGAACGAUCGCGAAUCACAUAGUGAUUCUGACUUUGAAGCAAUAGAGGGAGAGCUGGAUCGCGAUAUCAAGGAAAGAGAUGAAUUGUCUGCGAGAAUACGGCAACGAGAGAAGGAGAAGACACGAAAUGUCCUUGAACAGAAAAGGAAAAUACCUGAUAAUAAGGAUAAGGAAGGCGUUAGCAUAGAAAAAUUACGAGAGGAAUCACGAAGGCAAUACCUAGCCAAGCGGAAAGAUGACAAACUGGAUGAAUUGCGUAAUGUCGUCAUGGAUGAUGAAUCCCUAUUUGCAAAUGAAGAUCUUACUGAACGUGAACGUAAGGAUAUGGAGUAUCGUAAGAAAGUCCUUGAAUAUGCAGAGCAGCAUGAGAAAGCUGCGGAUAUUAUGAAAGCUAAACGGUAUUAUGUUCCUGAUGCCAAGGUUAGAACGAUUCCCACGGAGUAUGUUGAGGAACCCGAAGAAUACCGUCAUGGAGGUGAUGGUGCUAAGUGGGAGGACGAACAACUGAUGGCAAGUAUGCUUCACUAUGGUGCAAAAGAUGCAAAAUUAAAAAAAGAGGAAUUUGAGCUCUUGCUCGAUGACAAAAUUGACUUCAUUCAAGCGCUGCAAAUGCCAGGCACUUUGGAUCAGGAGAUGUCAGCUAUACAGAAGAGGAAAAUGACUAUUGAUGAAACCAGGAAGUCUUUGCCAGUUUACGCAUUCCGGGAGCAGUUCAUCGAAGCUGUUAGAGAUCAUCAGAUAUUAAUCAUCGAAGGAGAAACCGGUUCUGGGAAAACCACACAGCUUCCGCAAUAUCUUUAUGAAGCUGGUUUCUGUAAAGACGGGAAGAAGAUUGGUUGUACACAACCACGACGGGUUGCCGCGAUGUCUGUAGCAGCGAGGGUUGCCGAAGAAAUCGGCUGUAAACUAGGCCUGCAGGUUGGUUAUAGCAUUCGUUUCGAGGACUGCACUUCAGAGAAGACGGUAUUGAAGUACAUGACAGAUGGAAUGUUGUUGAGGGAAUUUUUAAACGAACCGGAUCUUGCUAGUUAUGGUGUCAUGAUGAUCGACGAGGCACACGAAAGAACAUUACAUACCGACAUACUUUUCGGUCUAGUCAAGGAUAUCGCUAGGUUUAGAAAGGAUUUGAAACUUUUAAUUUCUUCCGCUACGCUUGAUGCUGAGAAAUUCUCCACGUUUUUCGAUGACGCUCCGAUUUUCAGGAUUCCCGGGAGAAGGUUUCCCGUUGACAUUUACUACACUCAAGCACCAGAAGCAGAUUACUUAGACGCUGUAAUGGUCACUGUGAUGCAAAUUCACCUUACCCAACCCCUUCCUGGUGACAUCUUGGUAUUUCUUACAGGUCAAGAAGAAAUUGAAUCUGUGCAGGAGGCAAUACUAGAAAAGACGAAGGCAUUGGGAAGCAAGAUUAAAGAACUCAUUCCACUCCCAAUCUAUGCAAAUCUGCCUUCUGACUUGCAAGCUAAGAUAUUUGAUCCAACACCCCCAAACGCUAGAAAAGUGAUUCUCGCUACAAACAUUGCUGAGACAUCAGUCACCAUUGAUGGGAUUUGCUAUGUGAUUGAUCCAGGCUUCGCGAAGCAGAAUUCCUUCGAUGCGAGAAGUGGAGUGGAGCAUUUGCACGUGGUCACAAUUUCCAAGGCUUCUGCUAACCAAAGGGCAGGUCGUGCAGGGCGAACGGGUCCAGGGAAGUGUUUCCGUCUUUACACUGCAUGGGCGUAUAAACAUGAGCUAGAAGAUCAGCCUAUACCUGAGAUUCAACGGACGAAUCUUAGCAAUGUGGUCUUGAUGCUAAAGUCCCUCGGUAUUCAUGACCUAGUACAUUUUGACUUUUUAGAUCCCCCACCUCAGGAAACUCUGGUGAUUGCUCUGGAGCAACUUUAUGCACUAGGAGCACUUAACCACCGAGGAGAAUUAACAAAGCUCGGACGACGAAUGGCUGAGUUUCCUUGUGAUCCUUGCAUGAGCAAAAUGAUCAUUGCUAGUGAAAAGUAUGGUUGUUCCGAAGAAAUUGUAACUAUUUGCGCAAUGCUGUCUUGUAAUGCCGCUGUAUUUUAUAGACCAAAGGCCAUGAUUAUUCACGCUGAUGCAGCAAGAAAAGCGUUUUGGAGCCAAGCUGGAGACCACAUCACACUCUUAAAUGUUUACAAUAAAUGGAAGGAGACUAAUUAUUCACAACAAUGGUGCAUGGAGAACUUUGUGCAGCAUCGUACAAUGAAGAAGGCUAGAGACAUACGUGAUCAGCUUGAAGGACUUCUUGAGCGAGUAGAAAUUGAACCGAAAUCAAAUCCAUGUACGGUUGCCAUACGAAAGGCCAUUACAGCCGGCUAUUUCUACAAUUGCUCAAAGCUCGAUAAUUCUGGCCAUUACAAGACGGUGAAGCACAAACAUACUGUUCAUGUACAUCCGAACUCUUGUUUGUUCGAAGAUUUACCUCGAUGGGUUGUUUAUUACGAGCUCGUCUUCACAAGCAAGGAAUUCAUGAGAGAAAUUAGCAAAAUAGAGAGUUCUUGGUUGUUAGAAGUAGCUCCUCACUACUACAAAGGACGUGAGUUAGAGGAUCCCACAAACAAGAAGAUGCCUAAACAGAAGGGCAAAACUGCACAAGAAUUGUAUACGUGA